GGGGCCCCACCCGAUCCGGACGCGCCUCCCCCGGGAGCCGCGGAGAUGAACCGGAUCCCGUCCGUCUCGCUGCGGCGGGACGGGGCCGCCGCUGGCGCCGGGGAGGAGGAGCAGGAGCCCGACCCCGCGGCGCUGGCGCGGUGGGCGCGGGCGUUCUGCGUCAUCCGCUUUGACCUGGAGCGCGGGCAGCUGGUGGAGGCGUGCUACCCGCCGGACGCGCUGGCCUCCGCCGCGGGCCUCGACCGGCUCGUGGCGUUCUCGUCCUUCCCGGACUCCAUGUCCCACCACCUCCCCCGCCACCGCUCCUCCGUCCACGACUCGCUCUUCUCCUUCCGCAUCCCGGACCCCUCCCCCUCCGCCUCCGUCCCCGGCUCUCGCCGCGGCUUCCUCUACGGGUUCGUCUUCAACCGCCAGCGCCAGGAUGAGCGCCUCCCCCGUGGCGGCGAGCAGAAGUCCGUCGUCAUACUCUCCCAUGCGCCCUACUCGUCCCUCUUCCGUCUGCUGCUGCAGAUCCUCGGCCCACUCUGCUUCGACGUCGGCCCCUCCGCGCUGUCCAUGGUGGCGUCGCACGUCGCCGCCUGGCCCGCGCCGGUGCCGGGGCGCCCCAUGGAGCUUCCAAUCGGCAGCGCGGCUCUGCGGGUACACCUCCCGCCCGCGGCCGACGACCCCGGCCCGCCGCCUGCGCUGCUGCCGGCGAACCCGUCAAUACCGUACGGCCUCUUCCACGACGCCGACCUGUUUGCGGCGUUCCGUGGAUUGCUUCUCCACCUAUGGACGCUCUGGGAGCUCAUGGUGGUUGGCGAGCCUGUGCUGGUGGUUGCACCGUCUCCACCUCAGUGCUCGGAGGCUGUGGCUGGGCUUGUUAGCCUUGUUGCUCCACUCUUGUAUAGCGUGGAUUUCCGGCCGUACUUUACUAUCCAUGAUCCAGAUUUCGCUCGCCUGAAUGCGCUUGCUGAAGGCGAAGUUUUUCCUCCAAUGGUGCUUGGUGUGACCAACUUGUUUUUCUUGAAGAGCCUUAAGAGCAUUCCCAAUGUUGUGUCUGUGGGGAGCCCAAACCCAAAUUCUACUAGGGUGCUCCCAGUCGGCGGCCAGUCACCGGGAUCAGGGAAUGGGAUCAACGGGACGCCUGGGAAGCUCAAGCUUGACAAACUCGCAAUCAAUAAGUUUUCUCCGACUGGCCUAUUGAAUUCCAUCAAAUUGAGAAGGGAAGGUCCUCUUUCCCUAAUGACAGAGCACAAGGAGGCACUAUGGAGCACAUAUGUGCCCACCACAAAGCCUGAUACUUCUGUUCUAAAUAGGCUUAUUGAUGCGGGUGUAUCUCCAAGGAUUGAGGAAUCCAUGUCAGUAGUGAACAAUGAGAUAUUGCGGCGACAUUUCCUGGAGCUAACGACCAACUUUCUUGCACCUUUUGGGCCAUAUCUGAGAACCACCACACCGUCAGAAGGAAGCUCUCCUUUUGUUGAUCCACCAUUAUUGCCUCCAUUUCAUGCAGAUGAGUUUGUCAAUGGUCUGGCUGCUAGAGGUGCAGGGAAGUUUUUGUCCAAAAGGAUGAAAUCUAAUUGGUUGGAGCUAUAUAGGAGAUUCUUGGAAGGUCCCAAUUUCAUGCCUUGGUUCCGACAAAGGCGUGCUGCUGCAGAGCAAGAACAGCAGAGGCUAUGGAGGCAGGCUCGCAUGAAUGUUGACAUUGAAAAGCUAAUGUCAAAGUUGUCUGAAUUGGAGAGAAUUGAUUCUUUUAAUGCUAUUGAGCGGUAUCUUCUACGUGAAAUGGAGAAUUCUAGAACAGGUGCAACUGAAUCAGAAACAGUGUCUCAGAAAUUGAAGGGAGACCUCCGAGCAGCAUUCAGUGUCCUCCCAAAGGACAUGCAGCAACUCCUGCUCUCGAACCCUAAAAGAGCUGUGCUUCUCCAAGGUAGCAACAAAGAGAUCCCAGAGUUAGAUGGCAUUAUCUCCCAGACCAGUUUGUAGCACUUUGUUUUCCCUGUAAAAAUACUUUUGUGAUUCUUUAUCCCACACAUAGUCCAAAAUCCACUCAUUUUUUUAUACUUGCUAUUGGGUUGGCAAAAUAUUUCCAAGAUAAGAUCUCUAUCCCCAUGAAUCACAUAUCUACAUAUUUUGAUUUCUUGGUCAGGGAGUUAAUAUACGCAAGACAAGCUAAACAACCAUACAAACCCUUAUUUUCAUCUCAUAAUAUAUAAUUGCAUAGCAUACUUAGCAAGCGAAUGUCAAUGGUUAUUCCCUUUCCUGAUCUAGCACCCAAAUAUCAGGAGUCAAUCCAUAAUGCCCAAUCUCUGUGAUCCAGUUCUUAAGGAAUAUAGUGAUUUGUUGUUAUUUAUGUUUUCGACCAAAAUUUUGUGCCUGAACAGGCCUGUGGCAGCUCAUCCAUCCUGAUCUAAGGAUAUGUCAAUACAUUUCACUUGAAAGUUAAUCUAUCCU